AUGCGCCUUCACAGUUGUCCUCACUGGGCUCCGCCCUCUCCAAGUCAAAUGGCCACUGCCCCAGGUGGGACCGCCGAUUUACGAGCCAUCGAAGACGCACGGGGCUCCGCCCCUCCCAACUCCAUCCACGACAAUGAGCAUCCCAACACCCUGUCCACAUUGCUUGGCUGCGGCAUCGAUAAUAUGCAGUGCCCACAGCGCUUCACGCCCGUCGCCUACCAGGCCUACGCCCUUUACUCUUCCAGCUUCGUCCACCAGUACCUCAGCUGGGCGUUGUACCUGCCAGACAGACUGUGGGAGUCACUGCUCAGGCUGCAAGAUGAUCUCGACAACCUUCAAUGUCACGACUCCAAGCCCAAGUCCCUCCACCAGUGUGACAAGGCCCUGCCCCUCCUCUACACUUACGGGUUCACGCCACCGGAGGGCAUGUCGACAUCACUGGUCAAAUGCUCGGAUGUAGGAUCCAAUUUGGAAGAAGUGAUCUGA